UCAUAUAACACCACCAGCUAAUAUUGAUGUAGUAGAAGAGCGUUAUGAAGUAAUUAUAUGCGAACGCGAGAAGCCGAAUGAUGAACAAUUAACGGUUCGAGAAGAAACUGCUUUGUUAAAUGAACAUCAGUUAGAUACAACUAUUAGUCGACAACAGACAAUUCGACCAAAGCCAUCACAAUAUGGACAUGGUAAACAACAACGAAUAAUAUUGGAUGACACAACAAAUUUAAAUCGAGAUGAUUAUCAAAUUUUAAAACACCAUGCAUCAGAAGCGUUUGUUGAACAAAAUGAAAUACAAUAUGGUGACUCAUUUGGACGAGCAUCGUUAAAUCAAAUUAAACCAUUAAAUGCACCAAGUGUGCAUUCUACACAGGUACCAAAAUCUAGCACGGAUAGUGAUGAAAUUGGAUUAAUUAAACCGUUUGUAUCUCAACAUGCAGUUAGUGUUGAUGAUGAACGAUAUUUAAAAAUACGUUUAAUAGCUGAGAAAACAAAUCGUGCUUCAGUUGUCUAUGAUACUGAAUGGACAAAUGAAAAAACAACGUCAUUGGUGUCAACUCCAAGUAAUCUAAAACAGCAAGCAAAUGAUCAAUACGCAGAGCAAUUUAAUUAUCAAAAACCAGAUAUACGUCAGACAACAUCAAUAUAUUCGCGUGCUAAACAUCAACUUGUUGAACAAAUGGAUAAUGAACAAUCAUCCGAAUUACCAGCGCAAGAUAAUCGAUACCAGUCAAUAGAAAGAGAAGAAGAAAAAGUUGCAAGUAUUGCACGUCAUCAUAAACAUCAAUUAUUAGGAUUUGGAGUAAUCGAAGAUGAACAACGUUCAAGUAUAGCAGAUGAAGAAGAUCGAGAAGAAAUCGAACAAGAAAAGGCCAAUGAAGUAAUAAUUGAGCAACUGGCGAAUGUUACUCAUCAGAGACGAAAAACGCAGUUAGUCCAUGGUCUCAUCCUCGACAAUGAUGAACAUUGUUCAAGUUUGGCGGAAGACAGAAAUCAAGACAUUCGAGAACUAGCAACGAUGAAAGAAUUGAUUGUUCCUGAUACACUUGUGCACACAAUUGAUCAACGGAAACAGGUUCUAUUAGGUCAGGGAAUGCUCUUAUUAGACAAUGAAUAUCAUUCAAGUAUAGCAGACGAUGUUCAAGAUGACAUUGAAACACUAGCUGAUGAACAAUUUGUCAGCGAUACACUUAUACGUGCCAUAGAACAGGAAGAACAGCGACAACUAGGAUACGGUCGCAUUUCGUACGAAAAUGAACAUCGUUUGAGUAUAGCCGAACAAGAUAUGGGAGAAAAUGACCGUUUCAGCAUAGCAUUUGCAAACGAGACCGCAAUUAAUGUAGGAAGUGAUAACGAACCAUACGCUAUUGAUGGAAAGUCUCAAUCAUUAAAUGCCCUAGUAGCUACAUCGACAAUUUUUUGUCGUCCAGCUCCUGUUAGUGACCAUGACGAUGAUGAUCUAUCACUAUUAAGCGAAGAUUCAAUGUUAUUGCGUCAUCAAUAUGUACCAAAUACAAAUUUAAUUCAAGAUGAAAUAAUUCUUGGCACAGAUAAAUUGACAUUUGUUCAAGCAUUCAGUUAUCCUCAACAUGAGCAAGAACACGUGGAGUUAACUCAGAUUGAAGAACAACAGCAAAUAACUUCUAUCCCAGAACAUGAUCAUAUCAAUAGUGAAAUUCAACAACAUACGCCAAUGUAUCUUCCUCUCAUUAGUCAACUGGAUGAACCGCAAAAAACAAGCUCCCUACUUCGAUCUGUUCUUGAAUUAUUACAUGACAAUGUUAAUGUUGAAAAUGAACUAAAUGAAAUUGUUUUAUCUUCAUCGAAAAUUACUUCACAACCGUUGUAUCGCACAAAACCACUUGAAAUGCUAGAACAGCAUGGACAAGAUGAAAGCAGACUAUUAAAUCAACUCGAAACUCUGGAACGAAGAGAUAAAAUUGAUUCAAUAACAUUAACCAGACAUGAUACGAUGACAGAAUCUGUUAAAGUAAACCAACCGGUAGCAGUAUUAAAGCGAAAAGAAGACGAUAUAACGGACGGUUUUGGUCGCGUUAAUCUUGAGAUAAAUAUUUUUCCUCCAAGACGCCAAAGAUUGGCUCAAACACAUGAAAUGAAACUCGAUGUACUAAAACGUCCACAAUCCACGACCUCAUCCUUCAUCGAUGUGGAAAGUUUUCUUAGCGGAUUUGAAGAUAGUUUAGAUCAGCACCAAGAAUCAUUAAUAGUCCCAACUUCACAGGAAUUACCACUGCUUGAUCAAGUAUCUUUAUCCCAUAUGACCUCAUUAAUAUCUGAUGAUAAAGAAAGAAUGAAAACGGAAAAAGCAAUUGAACAGUAUGAAAGAGAAUCUUCAUCAACAAGCCGAAAAUUACCAACAGAAUGGUAUCAACAAGAGCCAUUGAACGAAU